AUCACAAUAAUUUAAAAAAUCACAAAGUUAUUGCAUAACCAUUCAAAAUUGGAGCCAUAUUAUCCAUUUAAAGUCCCGGCACAUGCGCAACAGGAAGUAGGUGGCAAUCCCUAGCGGAAUAUCUGUGAAUUUCGUUUUACUUCUGUCUGUGGGUGAUCAUGUUGGGUGCCGUAGGAAGAACCGCCAGCCUUUUGGCUGGUAAAACCGUAGAAAAAGUUGGACAAGAAACCUUAAAAGCAACAGCAUGCUACAACCAACAAAACAGGAGUUUAGCUGCUAAAGCUGCAGCUGGUCAAGCCAAAGGAAAAGUAGUUGCCGUCAUCGGUGCUGUUGUAGAUGUACAAUUCGAAGACAACUUACCCCCAAUUCUCAAUGCUUUGGAAGUGUCCAACCGUACACCCAGGCUGGUACUUGAGGUCGCCCAGCACUUGGGAGAAAACACCGUACGUACCAUUGCUAUGGAUGGUACUGAAGGUCUUGUUAGAGGCAACAAUGUCCUUGAUACUGGUUACCCCAUCCGUAUCCCAGUUGGUGUUGAAACCUUGGGACGUAUCAUGAACGUAAUCGGUGAACCCAUCGACGAAAGGGGUCCCAUUCCAACUGACAAACUUGCCGCUAUCCACGCUGAAGCCCCAGAGUUCGUUGACAUGAGUGUAGAACAAGAAAUCUUGGUAACUGGUAUUAAGGUAGUAGAUCUUCUUGCUCCUUACGCCAAGGGAGGUAAAAUUGGUCUUUUUGGUGGUGCCGGUGUAGGAAAAACUGUAUUAAUUAUGGAACUUAUUAACAACGUAGCUAAGGCUCAUGGUGGUUACUCUGUAUUUGCUGGAGUAGGUGAACGUACCCGUGAAGGUAACGAUUUAUACCACGAAAUGAUUGAAUCCGGUGUCAUUUCCCUAAAAGACAAAACCUCCAAGGUAGCCCUUGUGUAUGGUCAAAUGAACGAACCUCCAGGCGCCCGUGCCCGUGUUGCUUUGACCGGAUUAACUGUAGCCGAAUAUUUCCGUGACCAAGAAGGACAGGACGUAUUGCUUUUCAUCGACAACAUUUUCAGAUUCACUCAAGCCGGUUCAGAAGUAUCUGCCUUGUUGGGUCGUAUCCCUUCUGCUGUAGGUUACCAACCCACUUUGGCCACUGACAUGGGUAGUAUGCAGGAAAGAAUUACCACUACUAAAAAGGGUUCAAUUACAUCAGUACAGGCUAUUUACGUACCAGCUGAUGAUUUGACUGAUCCUGCCCCAGCUACAACAUUCGCUCACUUGGACGCCACCACGGUAUUGUCCCGUGCCAUCGCUGAAUUGGGUAUCUACCCAGCUGUAGAUCCUCUGGAUUCCACCUCUCGUAUCAUGGACCCCAACAUUAUUGGUCAGGAGCAUUACAACAUUGCUCGUGGUGUACAGAAGAUCUUACAAGAUUACAAAUCGUUGCAGGAUAUUAUUGCUAUCUUGGGUAUGGAUGAAUUGUCUGAAGACGACAAAUUGACUGUAGCCCGUGCCCGUAAAAUCCAACGUUUCCUGUCGCAACCUUUCCAGGUUGCUGAAGUUUUCACUGGCCAUGCCGGUAAACUUGUCCCACUUGAAGAAACCAUCAAGGGAUUCCAAAAGAUCUUGGCAGGUGACUACGAUCAUCUCCCAGAAGUUGCAUUCUACAUGGUUGGUCCCAUUGAAGAAGUCGUGCAAAAGGCUGAGAAAUUAGCUGAAAGCGCUUAAUGUAAUAAAUUUUAAUUUAUUUGUUCAAUUUUGAUAAUAUAUAGAAAAAUUUCAUCAUAUUGUAUGCAAAGAAAUGUAAACUAAAAAUCGUGGCGCCUAGAUAGACUUUGUAUUUUCAAAAUAAGAUUUUCUUUUUUAUUUUUUGUUCCAUUCCACUAUAAUACCUACUGUGGAGUGUAUUAUUUGUUGUAUUUACAUACUUUUAAUUAUUAAAAAAUAGAUUUAAAAAUUUGUAUUUGUUUUAU